AAUAUGGGAAGGUAUCAAGCCCCCCGCAUAGUUCUAACGAGCAAGGGAAUCGCGUCCACCUUUGGCCUUUCUCCACGUGAAAGGCCCCAGAGAAAGAGAAAGAGAGUGGGGGAUGGCUUGUGAGUUGCAUAUGUUAGUAUAAAAAUAUAUGUGGUGUGAGAACUUAAGCGGUGCAGUUCGGGUGAUCCCCAAAUAUUUCAUGUGGGCUGAGCGAAUUUCGUAUAGUUUGAAGUAAUCUCCUCUGUUUUUCGAGAAUGCUUGGUGCUAAACCAGGAGGAUGGAUUUAUCUUUUCAUCUUACUAGAGCUACUGAUCUCGAUGAAAGUGGAGGGUUUCGAUGUCCCUCUCACUCUUGUGCAAAGUGCUGUGGCCAAAGGAGCAGUCUGUUUGGAUGGAAGUCCCCCAGCGUAUCAUUUCGCGCCAGGCUUUGGCUCAGGGGUGAACAACUGGUUGGUUCACAUGGAGGGAGGAGGAUGGUGCCGGAAUGUUGAAGAAUGUAAAGAACGCAUAAAGAACUUCAGAGGCUCCUCUAAGUAUAUGAAGCAGCUCUCCUUCUCUGGAAUUUUAGGCAAGAAGCAAAAUUUAAAUCCUGACUUCUAUAACUGGAAUAAGGUCAAGAUUCGAUACUGUGACGGUUCAUCAUUCACUGGUGAUAUAGAGGCAGUAAAUCCUGCAACAAAUCUUCACUUUAGAGGAGCUAGGGUUUGGCGUGCUAUUAUAGAUGAUCUACUGGCAAAGGGGAUGAACAAGGCACAAAAUGCGCUUCUUUCUGGUUGUUCAGCUGGUGGUUUGGCAUCCAUACUACACUGCGACAGCUUUCGUGAUCUUGUACCAGCUGGUGCAAGAGUUAAAUGCUUCUCAGAUGCUGGUUAUUUUAUCAAUGGGAAGGAUGUUUCUGGAAAGGAGUCCAUCAAAGACUUCUAUAAUCAAGUGGCGACGACACAUGGAUCAGCAAAGAAUUUGCCAUCUUCAUGCACUUCAAGGUUUCCGCCAAGCAUGUGCUUUUUCCCACAGUAUGUGGUGCAGAGUAUGCGCACACCACUUUUUAUAUUAAAUGCAGCAUAUGAUGCAUGGCAGAUCAAGAACAUUUUGGCACCAAGUCCUUCUGAUCCCCGUAAAGUUUGGGGUGAAUGCAAGCUUGAUAUAAAGAAGUGUUCUUCGAAUCAACUUCAGGUCAUGCAAGGUUUCAGAUCAGAGUUUAUGCGUGCACUGCCUGCAAACUCAUCAUCUAUAGGCAUGUUUAUAGACUCGUGUUAUUCCCACUGCCAAUCAGGGGCUCAGGAGACAUGGUUAAGAAGUGAUUCUCCUGUUAUAGAUAAGAUGCCAAUUGCAAAAGCAGUUGGAGACUGGUAUUUCGGCCGGACUUCCAUGCGGAAGAUUGACUGCCCUUACCCAUGCAACCCAACAUGUCACAACCGCGAAAUUGAUUAAGUAUAAAAUUAGCUACCUUGGCUUGUGCAUUGAUGUGCUAUAAUGUCACUAUAUUGUUUAUCUUUCAUGCAAACCAUUCCUAAAAUCAAGUGGCACUUCUUUUGUGCUCUUUGUAGGCAUGUCUUUGGUCUUCUGUCAGCAGAAGCCAGUUUGAUUAAGUUAAAGAGCAGUUUGUUUUACUUAUGUAUGGAGAGUAAUAGUCUAAAAGUGAAUCUUGGUACGGUGGUAAGGUUGCUCCUGGA